AUGUCGGGACACGCUACUAUUGAUUAUCAACAGCUCAGCAACAGCCUCCGAACCUUUUUUCAAGAACAUCCACAGGUCAAUGAUGUUAUCGGAGCCGAAGCCUAUGCACUUCUCCAACAGUGUCAACAUGGUCUUGCUCAGUAUGCAACGGAUUUACAAGAGAUAGAAGCGGAGGCUGAAAGGGCGAGAAGAAUGUUUGAACGAGAUCUUGCUGCUGCCCGAGCCCAACAAACUGCUGUCCAAGCUGUUGCCCCUGAGGGAGCACCUGUCGGAGACAAUGCUCCACCUGCACCCCCAGUACCACUCACUACAGAUACUACCUAUCGGUCAGAAAAGCUUCCGGAUCCUGAGGUGUUCAGGGGGGAUCGUGAUCGAGAAAGACUACACCUAUUCAAGCAACAAAUGAAAAUCAAGCUAUUGGGAAAUGCCGAUCGCUACCCCACCCUACAGUCGAAAUUAUCCUAUGCAUUCAGUAGAUUGGAAGGCGUUGCUGCCAAUCAGUUCUUACAGUAUGUCGGGAAAGGAGAGAUUACCUUGCCCUCUAUGAGACGAUUUUAUGAGAUAUUGGACACUGCUUUUGGGGACCCCGAUCGGAUGCGUACGGCUAGGAGGAACCUUCGGAACAUCCGCCAAUGA